AUGCGUGUCGUGAACGAAGGAGGAGUGCGAGGAAAGACCCUUAAGAGGAUUCGAGGCAGACUCGAGGAGCAGAAGAUCCUGGGUCCAGGACAAAGACGAUUAAAAGCACCCCCCGGCUCUGACAAUGUCAAUCCUUUUGGUAGUCUACAACAGCCCAUGUCGCUUUGGGGGGGGGGGGGGCAUCAUGGCAUGGGGGGUUGGUGGAUGGUGGUAAUGGACCAGGCAAGGCAAGACAAGACGUUUUCGCUUGUUGCGGAAAACGAGAGGAACUCGCCAGGAACAGUACCAGGAACAGUACUGUACAGAGAACAACGAGGGACAGGGGCCAUGCAGGGCCUGCAUUUGGGCGAGUCUUCCAGCAUGACAAGCGAGCAGGGGGGGAAGGCGGCCAGCUCCAAUGGCGGUCGACGUGCAGCGUACAGGACCAGCAGGAAGCCACGAAGCCGUGAAGCCACGAGCCAUGGGCCAUGA